UAUCAAAAAUAUAAACGACUUGUUGAUGAUGAAGAUAUUGCAUUGAGUUUGCGACAAUGGUUACGACAAGAAUCAGGCUUAAACAGUAUUGAUGUAGCUCAUUUUAAGCACAUAAGAACCGCUGAAAGAUGGUUGUAUAUAUUGGAAUACAAAUAUGAAGGAUAUCGAAAGGGUAUUUAUCAUUAUGGAUAUGAACGGGAGGAUGUUGUUACAUAUCAAAAAGAAUUCUUGAAA